AUGGGUCGUACUAACAACGGGAACGUUAACGGUUCUACAACCCAAACUCUUUCACAUCCUGCUAAAACUGAAUUAAGAGGUAUCGCAGAAGGUGAAAAACAACCUUCUUCAUUUAAUUAUAAAAAAGGUCAAGGAGUUGAAGCCAUUGUUGAAGGUUUAUUACAAUCUCAUCGAACUCAAGCUUCUUCCGUGCUAUUACCUUUAUCACUUAAACAUCGGUUAUAUUUAUGUCAAUUGUUACACCUGAAAUCUCAGAAACAACGUAUCCAUAGAUUACCAACAUGUCUCUCCAAGUACGGGAAACAUUUCAAAAAUGCUCUAUUAUCAAGGUGUCGAAAACAUAGAAUAAGUAUAUGUACGGCAUGUCAGCAACAUCCAAAAAAUUCAAGCAUCACUCCCCCAAUGUCAAGGCGACGUAGUACACCACCUAAACCAAUUCCAACGCGUCGAACAGCUCCGGGUUUGAUUGAUGCGAUUCCUGUAUUCCUCAAUACAAGUGCGAUAACAUAUCGAUUGGCUCAUGAGCAACUUGAUUUCGAACAUCAUGAAUCAAUGACCGUUAGUCAAACGUGGUAUGCAUUAUUAUUGGACUUGUUAACACAAGCUGCGAUCGAAUGUUAUCUUUGCGACUCUUAUAGUUCAAUGGAUACUUUAUUGGAAAUAUUCUCUUACGGUGAUAUCGAUCCAUCUGAUUACCAUUCGGAUGUUUCGGAAAGUGAUGAUGAUGAUCCUCAGUUUGCUGCAACCCGUGCCGAUGAUUAUUUAUUAUGGCAACGUACGGCAUAUUUAGAUGAAUUUCGUCAAAAGAAAAAGAUCAGAAUGGAAGAGUUCUUAAAUGUUAAGGGAAAACUCGAGGAACAUCUUGAAAAUUUGGCUACAAAAUAUUCUGUCAGAAAUUUCGAAACGGGAAUGUUAAAUUAUUGUCAAAAAGUAACGGGAUGUUUAGACAUUCCUACAUUAACGAAUUAUAAUGAUUUGCCAGGUGAAAUUAUUCCUGGGGGAUAUCAUGGAGGAAUUGAUAUACCAAUGAGUGAUGAGGAGGAUAUGGAAGAUACCAAUUCUGAUCAUGAUCGAGAUUUACAAUCUGAGGGUGCUGAGAGUAAUUCAAAAAAGCGUCGUUUAUCUGAGAGUGACGGUGGUAAAUCUCAAGAAAUUAAGAAAAAGAAAAAUGAUGAAUAA